AUGCCUAGCUGUUUUGGAAGUAGAUGCGACUCUUCUGGUGGGCGCGUCGAAAAGGUGAAAGCACACUCCAUGCAGACAUCUUGGGCCUCCGUCCGCAUCCCACGGCGGCGGCAGCAACAGCGGCUGAGCCGACUACGCGGCUUUCAGGUGUCCUGGAAGAGGCCGAGUUGCGAACGGCGGAAGCUGCAUCAUCAUUGUCGUCAUCUCUCCACCAACACGGACAUGUUGUACGGGUCACUGGCAAGGUUAUCCGUUGGAAUUAGCGACAAAAGUUGUUCGCUGCACCGUCUGUCUAGGCUACGGCAGCGGCACCACGGAAAAGCUUUUCCCCAUCUUCAGAGCGGCCAAGACGGCCGCCAUCACUGCUUCUGCGCUUGUUUACUUGACUGA